UAAGGCAGAAAUGGAGGACGAUGGCGUCUUAUGUGUCAUCAAGACCCCAAAGACGAAUUUGUAACGUUACGCGAAAUUAAAUCUAACACGACGUGAGAAAAAAACAGCCUGAGCAGAUCUGACACAAUAGAGACAAAUGAGGAGAACAAUAGCCACGUUCAGUCGCCUGCUCAGUUUUCUUUCGUUUUGAUCGUUUCUGGAAAUUGUAUUUUUGAAGUAGGGGCGAAUACGAGUGGAAAUAUAGGAGUCGCUGUGAAAGCGGGGCAUUUUUAGACUGUGGGGAUGCGUUCAGUGCAGAUGCGGUGUGAAAACCUUGGGCUGUGAGAGAGAGAGCACGUUGGGACUGGAUAAGGAGAGGGAGCGAGAGAGAGAGAGGGGGGAGAGAGAGAGAGAGAGGGUCAUAGAAAACACUGAAUGGCACCGAAACGCACACAUACACAGAUAAUUCAUAUAAUCCAUCCAUUCAGCAACCGCUGUAACUCUGCAUUUAUCUCUUCUGAACCUCAAACCCCCCGCAAAGGGCGCGGGGGAGAGCGGGUCUGAUGGCAAGUUUUUCCUGAUGCUGCUCGUUUUUUGAAGAUGCACAUGUAACUAAACGCUGCCAAAGCAGAAGAACAGAACAGGAGCAGAAGAGAAGAGAGGAGAAGUGGGGGACGGAGAAAAAGGGAAAAAUACACGGCAUCGCACGGGCUGGAGAAGAGAAACGAGGAAGCAAAGAAAAAAGAAAAAGAAAGAAAGAAAGAAAAAAAUAUCCUUCUUGUUCCUGCCUCCAUCCACAACAACAUUAUUUCUAAUGCGAGGCCAGGGAGUAUGCGACCCGGCGCUAACAGUUGAAUGCAGAGGGGAUGUCGGGCAGUAAGGCUCUGGGCGGGGCGAGGCGGCGGCGAACCCGCUGCCGACGCUGUCAGGCCUGCAUGCGCACUGAGUGUGGAGAGUGCCACUUCUGCAAAGACAUGAAGAAAUUUGGGGGUCCGGGACGCAUGAAACAGUCCUGCCUGCUACGGCAGUGCACAGCGCCUGUUCUUCCUCACACGGCGGUGUGUUUUGCGUGUGGUGAGGCGGGGAAGGAGGACACUGUGGAGUCUGAGGAGGAGAAGUUCAGUCUCUCUCUAAUGGAGUGCACCAUCUGCAACGAGAUCAUACACCCCAGCUGCCUUAAGAUGGGCAAGGCGGAGGGCAUCAUCAACGAUGAAAUACCGAACUGCUGGGAAUGCCCUAAGUGCCAUAAAGAAGGCAAGACUAGCAAGGACGGCGAUGGUUUGGGAAAGAGAAGGCUGGAUAACGGUGAAGUCGGACGCUGGAAGCUAACGGACGAUCCGCCGCCCAGCAAAAAGAAACCACCUUCACUGGACGAAGCUCGACAGGACGGACACAAACGCAAGAAAGAGAAGGAGCAGCUGCCCCAGGAGAGCGGGCCGAAGAAGAAGAUGAAGGGCCCUCGUGAAAAGCAUCUGAAAAAGAAGCAGAAGCCCAACUCCUCCGAUUCUGCUGAGACCAACGGCCCAAACCAGUCAGAUGGAGGUCAGGGGUCCGGUCCUGUAGCAGCUCAGCCUCCAUCAUCGGCCUCCAGCCAGGACCAGCGCUCGCAUCAUCGGGAGAAACUGGAGCGUUUUAAGCGGAUGUGCCAAAUGCUGGAGCGAAACCGGGACUCUUCAUCAUCAUCUUCCUCCAGCUCGGAGUCGGACUCAGAGUCUGAUUCAGAUUCAGGCUCUCCGGCCAACGCCUCCGACCCCUCGUCUCCGGCCACGGCGUACAGGGAGCGGGAGCGCGAGAGGAACCGGCGCCUGGCUGAGCUCGGCUUCAGCGCCAGUGAGGACUCUGAGGGGGACGGGGCGGGUGCUGAGCAGGAGAGGGACACUGGGGAGGACCCUCAGCAGAGGCGUAGGGGUGAAACCGCCCCGCGUGGACGAAAGGCAGCUAUGGCAACAGAGGUGGAGGACGAGGAUGGGGACAGAAACAGAAAACCUACGUCUCUUCCUCCACCUUCUCCACUGUCCUCCACCCAGCAGCAGACUCCGGCCGGUCACACACAGCAGCCAGGCUCGGAGGGACUGACCAAAAGGAGUAACGGCCAGGAAACGCGGAACGGCCGGACGAGAGCCGGUGGCCGAGAAACGCAAGAAAAGGAGAACGCCAACAGCAGUGCUGUCACAAACCAUCGACACAACACGCCCGGUGGUACGGGAAAAGCCAGAAGCGGCAGUAAGAUUCGUGCCGCGGCCAGACAGACGGGAUCUUCCACCAAGAGCAGCACGACAACGACAGGAAGCGGGACAGCUAAUGGGGGAAACGGCGCACUCCUGUCGAACGCGGGCAGCGUCCCGGCUGCCUCUUCACGGCUCUCUGCCACUCAGCUGGUAAAGCGAGGCCCAGCAGCCGUGCCCUCGCCCCCGCGGCCCGUGCAGAUGGAGCGGCACCUGGUGCGUCCGCCGCCCGCCUGCCCUGAACCUCACUGCCUCCCUCUGGACAGUGGCGCCUCACAUGUUCUGCCCCGAGACGUCUGGCUCCGAGUGUUCCAGCACCUCAACCAGAGGCAGCUCUGCGUCUGCAUGAGGGUCUGCAGGACGUGGAGUCGCUGGUGCUGUGAUAAGAGAUUGUGGACUCAGAUCGACUUGAGUCGUCAAAGGUCAAUCACUCCCCCGAUGCUGAGUGGUAUAAUCCGCCGCCAGCCCGUUUCCCUCAACCUGGGUUACACCAAUAUCUCCAAAAAACAGCUCAUGUGGCUCAUCAAUCGCUUACAAGGUAGGCAAGGUUUGUUGGAGCUGAAUGUGUCCGGCUGCACGUGGUCGUCCGUAUCCGCUCUGUGUCAGGCAGUGUGUCCAUGUCUGCGCCUGCUCGACCUCAGCCGAGUGGAGGACCUCAAAGACUCGCACCUGAAAGAGCUGCUGGCACCACCCUCCACUGACACACGCACAGGGGAGAAUCGUGGUGGUCGUUUUCAGAACGUGACAGAGUUGCGGUUAUCUGGGCUGGAAGUGACGGACGGUGUGUCGCGGUUGCUUGUCCGCUACCUGCCUCACCUGACCAAGCUGGACCUGAGUCAGUGCGGCCAAAUCACAGACCAGACCGUACACACACUCACUUCCCCAAUAUCCCCGCUGAGGGAGAGCCUCAUACACGUCAACCUUGCAGGUUGUGUAAAGGUGACUGAGCAGUGUUUGCCUCUGCUGCGGCGGUGUGUGUCCCUGCAGAGUGUAGACCUGCGCUCGUGCGGCCUCGUCUCUCCGGACGCCAGCCAGAUCCACUCGUUUCCCUCCCCUGACGACAGACUGCUGCUGAAGAACAGCUAAAGCCCCCUCAACCCCUUUCUCACACACAUACACACACAAGUACACACAGUUCCACAUACACACACACUACUGGACGUCCCGGGGACACUGCGGACACACACUGAGACAUGGCGAGCCACCGAGACGGGGGAACCUGUUUGCUGCAGUUGUUGUUGUUGUUAUUAUUAUUAUUAUUUUUUUGUUCCUGGAUCAACUAUUUGUGAAUGGACUUAAAGAGACAAGAGAAAAGACAACAAGCAUGUACAUAUUCAGUAUCAGUGGUGUGUGUGUGUGUGUGUGUGUGUGUGUGUGUGUGUGUGUGUGCGCGCGUGUGUGAGCGUGAGUGUGUAUACGUACGUACGUAUGUGUGUGUGUUAAUGUGCUUUACUGUAAAAUAAUCCAGUUUAUCUGCUCAGCAGCCCACCCCAUCCAAUCCCUAGUCUUUCAGUUUGUCUGAACCCUGACCCCUGACUCUCCCUCACCUGUGCACAGGUAAGGCUCCCAUGGUUCUAGCGGAGAAGCCGGCUAUACUGGCAGCGUAUUUGCACUAGGCAGUGGACGGCUAACAGUGUAACUCUACACAGAAUGUAUCCACCGCUAGAGAGGUUCUUCCAAACAGAAACUAACAAAAACAAUGAGCCAGAGGGGCAGACUGAUGCCGUCGUCGGGGUGGGCUGGUGCGAGUGUGUGUGAGACUGAGUGCGAGUGUGUGAGAGAGAGAAAGAACUGUGUGAAAGCUGUAAACAGUGUUAAUGUAUCUAUUUCCAGUCUGGGUGGGGGGUGUGCGCCCACCAUUCAUCAUUGACCAGGAAAAUGGCAAAACUGAACCAUCACUGACCACAAACACAAGCCUGAGCCUGAUGGGGGAGGGUGUGUGUGUGUGUGUGUGUGUGUGUGUUUGUUUUGUUGUUUUUGUUUACUUUUUUUUUAUUUCCUUUUUCUUUAACCCAUUCAUGUCCAGCGGCCAAAUUUAGUAGACCUUCCGCAAACAAAACUUCUAAAUAGUACUAAAAACGAUACAUUUUAAAGUUUCUAUGAAGAACCAUUCAAGAGAAACAGCUCUGGACAAAUUAAGAGACCACUUCAGUUUCUGAAUAAGUUUCUCUGAUUUUGCUAUUUACAGGUAUAUGUUUGAAUAAAAUGAACAUUGUUUUGUUCUAUAAACUAUGGACAACAUUUCUCCCAAAUUCCAAAUAUAAAAUAUUGUCAUUUAGAGCAUUUAUUUGCUGAAAUAAAAUAAAUAUGCAAAGCUUUCAGAUCUCAAAUAAUGCAAAGACAACAAGUUCAUAUUCAUGAAGUUCAAAAAUCAAUAUUUGGUGGAAUAACCCUGUUUUUUAAAUCACAUUUUUCUCCUCCACCAGUUCUCCUCCAUCAGUUCUCCUCCACCAGUCUUACACACUGCUUUUGGAUAAUUGUAUGCCACUCCUGGUGCAAAAAUGCAAGCAGUUCAGCUUGGUUUGAUGGCUUGUGAUCAUCCAGGUUCCUCUUAAUUAUGUUCCAGAGGUUUUUAAUUUGAUAAAAUCAAAGAAACUCAUAAUUUUUAAGUGGUCUUUUAUUUAUUUUCCAGAGCUGUAUUUGUAUUUGUGUAUGAAAACAAUUUAAGCACUUUAUAUGGGUUUUUAAUGGUUAUUGAAGUUCUUGUGGUUCAUGGUCACUACUAAAUAACCUCAAAGGACCCCUUUAGUAGUGUUAGUGAUUACUACAGGUGCAGUUUAAUUGGUUAGUUUACACACCUGAAACAUUCAUGAUUUAAUUUGCAUUAAAAUAAGGGUUUUCUGGGCUUUUCUUUUAAGUAUCAGUGGUCAUGUUACCCAUUGUUUAAACUGAAUGAAUAAUUUAUAAUUAAUAAUGAAUUAGUGAUAAAUUUCAUCUCCUUUUAGCUGUAUGCUUUGAUUUGGCCUUGGUCAUCUUUUGGUCUCUAGAUUUGUACUCUGAGAAUAUAGAGAUCAUGCAUGUCAAAAAUGGACAUUAAUGGGUUAAUGUUUACCAUAGCAACACCAUCACCUCACCUGUUUUUUCUCUCCUGCGUUUCUGUUUUUCCUUCCUUUCUUGUCUUUAAUGUUUACCCAGGCCACACCCUGUUUUUAUUAUUAUUUUCCAAUAUAGAUUUAUUUUUCAUUAUUUGAAUCUGGUAGUCGUCAAAAUGUCAUGAGGAAUGCUCAAUAGAAAUGCUCCAAAAUGACUUUUAGACUGACUUCCAUUGAACACUUUACUGUAAAAAGACAUUUUGGAAAGGCAUUAGGAGACACUAGGUUUUUGCCUGCCAGUGACAUCCUUACUCAUUUGACCUAGGCCACAUCCCUUUUUUCUUCCUUUUUUUCCCUUCUCAUCUGGACCAAUCACUUCUUUCUAAUAGAUUUUUUUUAUGAUUUUCUUUUACUUGUGUGUGUGUGUGUGUGUAUGUAUGUGGGGACUCCCCCUGCCCCCCCUGCAUCUGUGCCACGCCUGGUUUUGCUUCACCACCUUUAGCCCCGCCUCCAGCUUUUUUCUCUUGUUACCCCUGGUUAUCUGUGUGCCAUUGGUGUUUUCCGCCUGCAUCCCACACUCCACAAGCCCCGCCUUUAUUUCCAGCUCCGCCCUGGAGAAUUGCCAGUCCAGUGCCACACUCAUGCUGUGCAGCUUUGCCAAGACUAGUUAACAUUAUUAGCAUUACUGUUCUUGCUAUCUAUUCUGCUCUGCAAUAGGGGGGUUGUAACCCCCCCCAGCCCAGGCAGGUUGCAGUUUUCCCCCCACACUGCGCUGAGAAUACACACCCUCAACCCCCUCGGGUGUGUAUAAGUGAAGGGGUUCGGAGCUUGCCCUCCACCACACUCGUUUUUAGGACUUUUCUCUUCACACUGAGGGGGAACUCCAAAGCUGCUAAACCCUCAGAAUGGAUAUUUGUUUAUAAUCGCAGGUCUUCAACCUACACCCCCCCCCCCCCCCCCCCCCCUCCUCAUUAAUACUGAUAAAGCAGGGCACUUCCCUAAAAGUGUGCGGCUGAUCAGAGCCAUGACUGACCCUCUGUCUUGAAAACCUGUGGAAGAUCUGUUCUUUUACUCAAGUUCAAAUCUCGGUUAUCCUUUCUUUCAUUUGCGUUCAUUUUUAAUGGGUUAAUGUUUACCAUAAUAACAUCACCACCUCACCUCUGAUUUUCUCACUGCUGCCUUCUUUCUUUCCCCUUUUCUUUCUUCCCAACUUAUGUUUAUUUUUUUAAACCCAAGCCAGACCCCUUUACCCUCCUUUCUGCCUUUUGUUGUUUUGAGUUUUUUUUUGUUUGUUUUUAACCUUCUCACUCAGGCCAUUGUUUUCCUUUUUGCUUUUUUUUACUUCCAUUUUUUCUUUCUAUUUCUUUUGUCAUGUAAAUUUUACUCAGGCCACAUCCCCUUUUUUAUUUUGAGCUUAAAAUGCUAACAGCACCUCCCUUAAAACAAUGUUCAUCCGGAACUGCAUUGGACACACAGCCUUAAAAACCUGUGAGGACAGAACCAAGUUCAGAACUGUUCACAUUCCCGUUACUCCCUUUGUUUGAGUUAAAAGAGAGUUUAGACAGUAUUUAUUAGUUUGUAUGUUUAUUGAAAAGAAAAAAAAAAGACUGUUUCUAAGUUUACCAAAUUGGCAAAACAGGGUCUCAACCGUGUUUGAGGGGCUUCCGUUUUUUUUUUUCACCCCACAAAAAAAAAAAAGUCAUAUUUUGUUCUAGAGGUAUAAUCAGCUUUGAUGAGCCAGAGUGUGUAAAAAAGACAUGCAGACCACGUACAGUUUUAAUAAUGGGCCAAGAUGUGGUUAAUGAUUGUAGAUGUGUGCAUGUAUGAGUGAGAGAGAGAGAAAAAUGUGUGAUUGACAAAGUGGUAUCGGGUUAUGAUUUCACAGUUAAAGACCAUAGUGUUCUUUUCCUUGCUUUGUGUUAAAGUCACAGAUAUGAGCCACAGGUCUGCAGCGGAGGACUGUUGAGUUAUUAGAGAGUAAAAACACUGACUCGCUCAGUCUGAGAGACGUAAACGGGAGUCUGACCGUGUUGUACUUUCUUCCAGGGCUGCACGAUAUGGACGGAUUACCAGUAUUGCGGUUAUAUUGCUGCGUGUUGCAAUUUUUAUACGUCGAUACACCUUGAAAUAGGUUUAAAACUGGUGGAUCAAUGUGACGUGGCUUGUGUGUUAUUUUGACCUAAAUGGUUUAAUUUACUGUGAUUUUUGAAAUGGUACAUAUUGCAAUAUAUUGUAAACAAUAAUGUGACAUGGUUAAAGACGACAUGGUUAACUACCUUUUAUUUGAUUUAUAAAAGUUGCUUGAUUUAUUGGAGCCCCCACAGCAGCUUGUAAAGCUCCAGAAUCAAAUUUAAUUGAGCUCCCUUUGAAUGAACCAGGCUUUUCUUUUUGUUACUGUGCCUUUAAGACUGAUAAAAAAAUAUGCAAAUGAGCUCUGUUCUGAUUGGACGCCCUCUAAAAAAAGAGGAGGCCAACAUCAGCGUGAAGUUACGCCAAUAAAUGGAUUGUGACAACACAAAACUAGCCUUGCAUCCAUAUAUGGACUGUGGAGUGAAUAUGCUCUGUGACUGGACUAGAUAGUGUGAAGAGCUCAUUUGCAUAUUGCGUAUCAGUAUUGCAAAAGCUAUCAUCGCAAUUAGCGAACAAAUGUAUCGUGCAGCCCUUACUUACAGCAAUGACGCAAUGUGUGUUGGCACGCGCAACCGAUACAGGGUCCAGUACUUUACAGGUGGGGGGAAGGAGGGGGGGCUAAAAGCAGGGGUUUUGUGAAGACCCUCAAACAGUGGCAUAAUUAAAUCAGAGUGGUCAGGCCAGGAAGCGUGACCACUCCCUUUCAGUGUAAAAUGCCUUACCAAUGUGUCGUGUAUAUACUUUUCGCUUUAGAUCGGUUUUCUCUACACAAGAUAACGUUGACGCUGAUGUGAUACAAAAUGUGCACAAUCUGCUCAAUCUGAAAACGUGGGUUUUGAAACCGUUAAAACCAGAAUCCAUAAACGCAUCAUUCCACGAAUAUCAAGUUUUUUUUUUUUUUUUUUAUUGAACAAGACAUAUUAAAUGAUUCCUCCACCCUUGUUCUUCCAGUGUUUAAAAAUUCAUAUCAGGUGACCUUAGACCCCCAAUCUGCCAGGCUUUCUCUCAACUCCACCCCUCCACUGCACCCCACCUCACCCCACCAUUACCUCCAGCAUUGUCCGAACCAAACUGUUCAGCACAGGGUUGGAAUGAAAUCUCUCGCGAGAACGAAUCUCUUGCCAAAUUCCUCUUUUCUUCUUCGUUCAGGGGCAUUUUUUAAAUCCAUUUCUUUACUUUUCUUUUUUUUGGUUGUUUUUCUCAUUCUUUUUCCAUUGUUUCUUCCUUCGUGUUGAUCAAAGGGAGGAUGACAAAUUGAAACGAUGAGAAAAAAAAGGCAGGAAAAAAGAAAAAACCUCAAGGCAGCUACUUUAAGAGUGACUACUGUAAAAUGACUAACUAAAUAAAGACAAUGGGGUUUGUUUUUA